UUAUAAAUAAGAUUAUUUUAUUAAGUACAGUUCGAUUAAAUUAGUUUCUUAUGGCAAAGAAAGGAACAAUUAGAAUUACCUUGAUAUUGUAUUGAAAAGUAAUUUAAUGAAUUAAUAAAGUAGGAAGAAUCGUGGUAAUGGAAUGAGGAAGCUCAGGAGGUUUCUCAAUCUGAAAACAGUUAUUUAGAAGGUUCAACUGAAUGAAAACGAAAUCUGUAAAUUAUAAUAUAAAAUAGCAAGAAUAUUCAUAUACGAGAAAUUUAGCAAAUUGAAGCUUUUAGUGUAGAUUAUCAAAUCAACAGUACACAGAAUUAAGAUGUAUCUAAGUACAGCGAUACUGUUUUCACUUUUCAUUUGUGUCACUUCAUUAUGGAUAAGAUGGAGAAAACGGAGAAUGACUUUAUUUCAACGUUACGGUAUACCAGGACCAAAACCGAAUUUCUUCGUCGGAAAUUUAAAUGAAUUUAACAAUGGAAGAGAGAAACGAAUUGAAGAAUGGUUGCAACAAUACGGAAAAAUAUUUGGCUUUUAUCUAGGUGCAAUUCCUUAUAUAGUAUGCGCUGACGUUGAGCUUUUAAAACUCAUCCAAAUAAAAGACAACCAGAAAUUUUACAAUAAAUAUUGGAUCCUUCCUGAUGCUGGAUUUCCUCACAAUUCUUCUAGAAAUAUGCUUUCUACAAUAGCUGAUCAGAAAUGGAAGAAUUUAAGAAAUACACUAACCAGUUGUUUCAGUACAGGAAAGAUUAAAAUGAUGGGUUCCCUGAUGUCUCGUCCGAUUAAAAUCUUCUUAAAAAAUAUAGAGAAGCAAGGUGAUCAGCGGUUCGAUAUUGAAAAUAUGUGUAAAAGAUUAGUGUUUGAUAUAAUCUGCACAUCAGUUUUCGGUAUAAUCACAGAUGUGCAAAAUAAUGAAACUAAUACCUUUAUCGAGUCUGCUCACGCUGCGUUUUCAACUGAUACUUCUGAUGCUUUAGUUGGAAUAUCAAUUUGUUUUCCGGAAGUGGAACCAAUAUGCAGUUUCCUUCGAUAUAAAAUUGAGAACUUGAAGCAUUUUCUGAAUCUACCAUCUUGGACCACGGUUUAUGAGACAUCUCAAAAAGUGAUCGAUGCCAGGAAAAAAUUAAAUCAACGUCCACAAGAUCUGCUGCAGAGAAUCAUAGAUGCAGAAGAUGAGAGUAAUGGAGAAAUAAAGAAACUUUCAGACCAUAUUGUAAUUGCAAAUGCAAUGAUGUUUAUGGCAGCUGGAUAUGACACGACAAGUUCUACUUUACGAUGGUGUAUUUAUCAUCUCGCUUGUAAUCCUGAAAUACAACGAAAAGUCAAUGAAGAAAUUAAAUCUAACGUUUCAGAUGAUGUAGAUGUGCAGUAUACGGACUUAGGCAGUUUUCAGUUAUUAAAUCAAGUUAUCUCAGAAACACUUCGCCUUCACCCAUUGACUUCAGUCGUAGUGAAUAGAUUAUGCUCAGACAAUUAUUUUUAUAAAGACAUCACCAUUCCUAAAGGUAGUGUUAUAAUGGUUCCAGUACAAGUGCUGCAAAACGAUCAAGCUUAUUGGAGUGAACCUGAUAAAUUCAAUCCCUACAGAUUUUCACCUGAGGAACGGCAAAAAAUUGAUUCCAUCAUUUACCAACCAUUCGGUGCAGGGCACAGAAUAUGUAUAGGUCAAAGGUUAGCAAUAACAAUACUAAGAUUGGUGCUGGCAAACCUUCUUCGAUCAUUCAAGUUAGAGAUAUAUAAAGAUAAAGAAGUCGAAAUAGUGUCUUCAUUUUUCAUAAAUUCUCCUAAGGGUGGAACUAUCAUCAAGGCAACUCCAUUACAAGUUUGAUCAAUUCUAGCUUUCUAUUAAUGUAAUGAGAAUCAUAAAUAAAAUUAUAAUUGUAGACAAUUGUAUGAAAUUGAAAUAUCUGUACAUAGAAAUUAUUUUAUUUUCAACUGCAAAAUAAUUUAAAGUCUGAAAUGUUAUUGGAAUACCCUGACA